AUGGGUCAAUACGAUCGCAAAGCCAAGUCGCAACCGAAACAUGGGAAAUCCUCAGACAGCGGUGCGUCGAAGGCGCCACCGCCGUUAUCUCACGGCCGCCCGGGCUGGAGUGGGCCUGGUUACCUCCACAAGAGGAAGAAGCCUCAGCGUCCAUCUGCAGCAUCGGAAUCAGCAGAGCCGCGGAGGCUGAAUCACAUCCUCCCGGUGGGACUGGAACAGCUAAUGAUCAACGUCUUCCGCACCACAUUCCCCGCGUGCAACGACUUCGAGGCUCUGAAGCCGAGGCUGCAGGAGAUCAAUCGCGCGCUGCUCUCGAGGGAGUUUGACAUAGCCUUUGGAAAGACCGAAUAUCUGGAGGCGUAUGCGAUCCGUUGGAGCCCCAGCCGUGCGCUGGUGUACGCGCAACUCAUGGCUUGGAUCUGUGGGGAGAUGGCUGAUGACGCUUACGUCCAACGAUUUAUUGGCGGUGACAGCGAUCGUGAGCAGAAGGCAGCCAAGGUUGUAUGUUUCGGGGGUGGCGCAGCUGAAAUCAUGGCUUUCUCGGGUCUUCUUCGUCAUGUGCGACCAUCAGCCGCAGCCGGCAGGCCAGAGUCAUCUCCAAAUUAUGAAGAUACCUCGAAAGACCUACAAACCCUACCAGUUCCAGAGCGUGAAACCUCACCAACACUCCUCAAUAUUGACCUGAUCGACACCGCGGACUGGUCUGUUGUGCUCUCGAAGCUACAUGAAUGUCUCGAGACCCCUCCGACGCUCUCAAAGUAUGCCAGCGCUGCGGCUCGUGCGUCAAAUGCGUCGUUCCUCUCGCCCGGGACUGUUCGUCAUACUUUCUCGCGCGCCAACGUGCUGAGUUAUAGCACGGAAGACCUUCGCGCGGCUAUCGGUCCUGGUCCCGCGCUGCUUACGCUUCUCUUCACCCUGAAUGAGCUUUACGCAGCCUCGAUAUCACAAACUACCUCUUUUCUACUCAGGGUAACGGAGGCUGCUCCCAAGGGGAGCUUAUUGCUUGUGGUGGACAGUCUUGGUGCAUACUCCGAGACCGCUGUCUGCAACAGCAAGGAAGGGGAAGAGAAAAAGAAGUAUCCGAUGAGUUAUCUCAUGAACUACGCCCUUAUCCCAAAACCGAAAAAGGAGGCUGUGGAUGUUGAUUCUGAAGGUGGAGAAGACAAGUCAACUCCUGCAUGGGAAAAGGUCAUUUCUGAGGAUGGCGUCUUGUAUGGGUUGCAACGGGAUCUAGAGUAUCCGGUCAGCCUGGAGAACAUAAGAUUCCAGGCUCACUUAUUCAAACGUGUAUGA